AUGUUGAAGUGGGUACAAUCUGGAUUAUCUGUUGUGGCUGGCACUGCCGAGCCCGAAUACGGCCCCGAGGCUAUUCACACCGUGACCGACUCCAUCAAUAAUGGUAUCGCCGUUUCUAGAGAUACCGUCAUUGAGGAUUUUGCCUGGAUCCAGCCUUCCUCCACCAACGUGGAGACCCAAACCUUCUACUUCACCGACUUGGCUUCGGGUUACGCCGGAUUUGCUCAGGUAAUCCACUCGAAUGUUAUGGGCAUCAAAACCACCGCGCAAUUUACCUUCCGCUUGUUCAAUAACAAUACCGGCGCCACCGACCCUAACGCUACUUGGACAUCCACUGCUUUGGAGGAUUUCCGUAUUGAGGGCUCCAAUUUCUACGCUAAGGACUUGUCAAUUAUCAGCUCUGGUGACAACAACGAAACCUAUACUCUUACGUCGAAGGUGAACCCAGAGUCCGAGGUGGAACUCGUGGUGACCAGAUUGACUCCUGGAGUGAUCUUUGGAAAGGACGGCACCACCCUCUAUGGAGACGACAUUGAGAACCCCUGGGGCUCCAUGAGACACGUAUUCUGGCCCAGAUGUAGCUCCAAGGGAACUAUCAAGUUGAAGAACUCCACUGUCACCAUUGAUGGCUACACAAUGUUUGUCAUGGCAAUGCAAGGCAUGAAACCCCACCACGCCGCCAAGUCAUGGAACUUCUUGAACUUCCAGUCUGAAAACUUCAGUGCGGUGCAGAUGGAGUUCACUACGCCUCGUUCUUAUGCCACCACUAAGGUCAAUGUCGCCAUCUUGGCCUCUAAAGACAAGAUCAUUGCCACCUCCAUCAAUAACAACGUGGAGCACUUGAACUCUGAGGUAGAUGAGGUGGGAUGGCCUGUGCCAAAGGCCAUUACCUUCAACUUUACCUCGGGUACUGACGAUGCCGUGGUGGCAAAGGUUGGAGGAGAAUUGCCUCAGCUCGUGGAACGUGUUGAUGUCAUGGCCGAGAUCCCACAGUUUGUCAAGAAUAUUGUCAGCGGUGUGGCUGGAGCUAAGCCUUACAUCUACCAGUUCUGCAACACCUUGACCAUUGAGUAUAAUGGAGUUUCUGAAGAGGGUAUCGCUUUCAACGAGGCCACUUUUAUUUCAGAGUAA